UAGUGGAAGCAGAACCUGAGUUUGCUGAACCAAUUCAAAAUGUCACAGUUGCUAUUGGAAGAGACGCUCAACUCAGCUGCACUGUGCAAAAUCUGGGAACUUACCGAGCAGCUUGGAUUAAAGUCGAAACAAAGGCUAUUUUAACUAUUCACCAUCACAUUAUCACACGCAACUAUCGCAUCAGUUUAAGCCACAGCGACAAUCGUAACUUUAUUCUGCAAAUUCGCAAUGUGCAAGAAGCCGACAAAGGCGGUUACAUGUGCCAAGUGAAUACAGUACCCAUGAAAAGUCAAAUUGGAUACCUUGAUGUCCUAGUUCCACCAGAUAUUUUGGACCAAGGUAGCAGCAGCGAUGUUGUUGUCCGGGAAGGUGCGAAUGUCACACUCACCUGCAAAGCUGUUGGUUAUCCCACUCCAAAUAUCACAUGGAGAAGAGAAGACAACGAGCCCAUUCCUCUUGGAGCUUGGCAAGGGAAAAAAGUGACAGAUCCUAAUGCUGUCACUUACGAAGGAGAAAUUCUUAGCAUCACCAGAGUGAGCCGCCUUCAUACGGGGGCUUAUCUGUGCAUCGCCGCCAAUGGUGUCCCCCCUUCAGUCAGUCGUAGGAUUAUUCUUCACGUGCAUUUUCCUCCAGUUUUAUGGAUCCCAAAUCAACAGGUGAAUGUUACACUUGGGAGCGAUGUUACGCUCGAUUGCCACACUGAAGCCUAUCCAGCUUCCAUCAACUACUGGGGUCGCCAAGCCAACGAAAUGAUCAUCUCCAACGAUAAACUACAAGUGACAACUAAAGAAAAAACAUACAAAACACACAUAAGAUUGACGAUAAAAAAUCUGGAGCCUAAAGAUUUAGGCGAUUACAUGUGUUUAUCAAAAAAUUCUUUGGGAUCUACUGAAGGAUCUGUAAAGUUAACAGAAAUUCAACAACCAACAAGUCAACCCACGAAAGAUUCUGCAUCGAUUAGACGCCAAAGUUCUGAAGCUUUUCCACAGCACCAGAGUUUAGGUUCUGUUAAAGAUUCCACGGAAGAUUCCACUCCCAGCAAAUGGAAAAGGCCCGUUUUGACAGAUGGCGCUUACAGAACGAAAGAACAUAUCAAUACCGUUGAGGACACUAAAGGAAACAAGAAGGGUAAAGAUUCGCUGCAGCUUAGAAAAGAAAUAGAUGAAGAAACGAGCGGACAACCUGGAAACCAAUUCACAUGGAUACUUCUGUUCCUAUUCUUUGCCUUGUACGAGGUGACUACAUAACCGAAUUGCCAACUUCUAAAGACAAUCAUACCAUCUCAUGUAUUUAUCUGUGCAUCUGACAAGGUGCAAUUCCUGUGGUUGAACGAGACAUUAGACUGAGACUUUUACAAUGCAGUGUUGUUACAGGUUAUUGUACGCCAUAAAUUUAAAGUGUUGUACAUAAGAGAUAUAUUUAAUGACAAACCGUUACUUGCGGAAACUAAUUCUUUGUCUAACUAUAUGUCGCGCUCCUCUUUAACUGUAUUUAAUUAAAUUCAUACCAUCAUUGAAAAUGGUUUUUUUCUUAACAAAAAAAAGUGAAGACUGCAUUGCAUAUUAUGAUCUGGGCUGAUGUAAAAAUUUACUUCAAAAGUAUUCUUUCGAUGUGUGUUACAGUAGUACUUUGAAAGUUUAUAUUAUGUUUUUUCUACUCAUCAUUUAAUAAUAAUGAUCAUGCUUUGUUAUUUAUUUAAAUUCUAAGAAGUUACUAUAAUGCGUGUAGAGUUUAUGAAUAAAAAUAGUUGCACUUGGAACAAUUUAAAUCAGGUUACUGUUAAAACUAAAUAAUGACUUAUUUAAUUCCUGUAAGCUUUCUAGACAUUUUAUUCAACGAAACCUUUUAAUACAUGGUCUAAAUUAGUUUACUAUUUCUGUGCUUUUUAUAUCAUUUAUUUAAAAAUCAUGAUCUUUUGUAGAAAAUGUAUUUUUGAACAGAAUUUCAAUGGGUAGUUUUUAUCUGGCGUCAAACUGGACAUUUUACUGUAUAUUACAGUUCGCUGAAAACCAAAACUUUUCAGCGAUAAACGUAUACAAAUUUCCUGAGCUGAAU